CCUGGAAACCACAAGCAAUCAAGCUUCCAAUAAUGGCUGCCGCCUCACAAAAAUGAGUCAAAUUCAUCUUCCCCAAAGCCACUCACCAUCUAUCUCUCUUCUUCACCGGAGAAACUAAACCUCGCCGGCGCCGGCGGUGAAGCUCAACUAAUUUUCAAUUGAACUCAUGUAGACAAAGCAAAAUGUCAGUAUUCUUCUUCCUACUCUUUCUUUCCCUAAAUCUAGGGUUUCAAUCUCAAUCUAUCUCUUCCGCAUCCACCAUCCGCCGUCUACUUCAAAACCAAACCACCAACACCACCACUACUUGCCCACUCGAUUUCGAAUCCCUCCGUCGGCGUAUACAGAGUUCCAACCGCCCAAAUCUCGACGUCGCCACUCGUUGCCAUUACGUCCUUCAAGGAAUCCGAUUAGUUCAGUCUGAAUAUCUCAGAUCCACUGGAAACUUCGUGCCUCCACUUGAUUCAGCUGACGCAUGUUGGAAUUCGUAUCAAACCCUAGUCAACGAUUUCGUCUCCGGUUUCGAUAUUCGUAAAACCUGCGGAUUUCAGACGAGUUGGAUCGCUGAGGGUUGUAUGAACAUCACCACUCGUCGUGAAUUCGAAUCUAACGUUUCCUCCACCGCAUUAAACAACGUCGCCGUCGCCUGUAAUCAAUCACUCGAAAACAGCUCCCCCUGCGCUUCCUGCACUACCACCCUAUCUAGCCUCCAAGCUACUUACCUCGCCGGAAACUCCAUCGGUAACGUCUCCGAUUGCACGGCCUACCCUUUAAUUUACGCCGCCGCCGUGAAUCAAUUUGGCCCUGCCGAUUCAGGUACAGCAAAAUGUCUGUUCUCACUCGAAUCAAUUCAAAUCAAACCCAGUAACAAAAACAGGAAAACAAUAAUCGCCGUAGCUGUUGUAUCCAUUUCAUUUCUCAUUCUGUUUCUGGGUUUAUCUGGGUUAUGGUAUUUCCGGCGAAAACGACUCGAAUUACUGAAAAAGAGAAGAAUCAGCAGGAGAGAAAGCGAAUUAGCUUCAGGAUUAGAAUCAAUCAACUCAAGCACCACUCUAGUAAACUACACAUUCGAUCAAAUCAAAACCGCUACGAAGAAAUUCUCAAGAGAUAACAUAAUUGGAAAAGGAGGUUAUGGAAAUGUAUACAAAGGCAUUCUCCCAGACAAUACCGAAAUCGCUGUCAAAAGAUUCAAAAACUGUUCAGUUUCAGGCGACGCAAUCUUCGCCCACGAAGUGCAGGUAAUCGCGAGCGUUCGUCAUGUAAAUCUUGUAGCCUUAAGAGGGUAUUGUACAGCCACAACCCCAAUGGAAGGGCACCAGAGAAUCCUAGUAACCGAUUUGGUAAAAAACGGAAGUCUCCAUGAUCAUCUAUUUGGAACAACCAAGAACAAUCUGUCGUGGCCAAUUCGACAGAAGAUCGCAUUAGGCACGGCUCGAGGUCUCCUAUAUCUACACCAAGGAGCCCAACCCGCGAUCAUCCAUCGUGAUAUAAAAGCCAGCAACAUAUUACUAGACGAGGCAUUUGAACCAAAAGUAGCAGAUUUCGGUUUAGCAAAAUUCACCCCGGAAGGAAUGACUCAUUUGAGCACAAGAGUGGCAGGAACAAUGGGUUAUGUAGCCCCUGAAUACGCCCUUUACGGUCAAUUAACUGAAAGAAGCGACGUUUACAGCUUCGGGGUGGUUUUCCUCGAGCUCUUGAGUGGAAAGAAGGCGUUAAUGGCGGUUGAAGAUGGACAGAAUAUGUUGAUAACCGAUUGGGCUUGGUCUCUUGUAAGAGAUGGAAGAGCUUUGGAUGUAAUUGAAGAUGGGAUGUCGGAUUUGGGAAAUGCAGAGGUUAUGGAGAAGUAUGUUUUGAUAGCUGUUCUUUGUUCUCAUCCACAAUUGUAUGCUAGGCCUACGAUGGAUCAGGUUGUGAAGAUGUUUGAUACUGAUUUGGCUGUUCCUUCUAUACCCGAUAGGCCGAUUCCGAUAAUCGCGAAUAUUGAUGAUAUUGAGAGGUCGGUUGGGAGUAGUGGUUCGAUUUCGGGGAAUCUUUCGGGUUCGGGCGGAUUCCAUUGUUAUUAUGUACAAGAUGAAGAUGACCAUUGAUUCACAUUUUUAUUCUUUCUUUUCUUUGCAAUCAGAAUCAGAUAGAACAAUAUUAUUGCUUAGGCAAUGCACACAAUGUAUAGUAAAUAUUAUUAUUUUCAUUCAAUAAUACUUACUAAUAAUAUAAAUAUUUUAAUUUGU